ACAAACACAAAAACACAGUAGGAGCUCUUUGACCACAGCUACCUUCCUUGGCCAAUAGCCUACAUAUACAUUGUGCAAAGGCAAACAUAAUAUAUCCAGCAGUAACAUUAGACGAUUUAAUGUUUCUCAAAUCAAUUGUAUCGUCGCUUUAAUUUCAAUUUUCUAGGGGUGAGGUAGCCUACGGAGAUCAGCUGUCAUACACCGAACAUGCGCACUGUACAGUGGACCUGAACGCGUUGCUGUUGCUGCUGAUCUCUCUCUCUCUCUCUCUCUCUCUCGCGCUCUCGCGUAACCUCCGUCCUCCGCGGAGAUACCAGGGAAACGUUAUCGGAGGAGAGCGAAGUCAAAAUGGGGCAAUAAUCAGAGAUGCCAGUACGGCGUGAGGUACGGCUUGAGAGGUUUUUUUUCCGUGACAUUGGACCGCUUUAUGUUUAACUCCUUAUGUUUCAUUUCAUGUUUUGGUAAGUGAAACCUUUGGCUCGAUAGACCCGUGAAGGGGGACACUCCGAUGAAGCCUGCGCUCGGGGAUGCCUGUGAUGGGUGGCAGAUGUGAGUCAUCAGAUACAUCAGUCAGGGAAGGCCCCAGAGCUCUCUGAAGUCUAUCCCACCGUUCAUGCCAGCGGUGUGGGCGCCUCGGACCAGCUGGCCCCUGGUGAAGGGAUCCCCGUCUCUUCAGCCAGCCUCUCUGCCCAGUGUGGAGACCCAAGGCCAUGUUCUCCUCUAACUUCCUGAGUGGGGGCAACCCCCUCAGUGCCGUAUCCUCGGCCGUCAACAAGUUUAGCCUGUUCGGGGAGGAGGGAGAGCCUGAGCAGGACAAACAGAAACAGCAGCAGCAGGCCAAGGCUCAGCAAAAGCCCCCAAUCCAGCAGGGGAAUGGCCAGCCUGCUUCACAGAUGCAGGGUGGCCCAAAGCCAGGGGGUCAACAACCCCAGAGCCUGGGCAAGACUGGCCCCCAGUCAAAGCAGGGCCCCAGUAAGGGAGGACCUCAGCAGCAGUCAGGCCCCGGGAAGCCUGGGACUCAGCAGCAGCCGGGAGCAGCGGGUCCUGGACCCCGUGCCCCUGGGGCAGCCCAAGGAGGACCCCCAUCACAGGGACCUACAAAAGCUGCAGCCCAGGCUAAAGGUGGCCCUGGGCCAGGGGGUAAAUCACUGUGCCCAAUAUGCAAGAACACGGAACUUAAUGUCAAAUCCAAGGAGCCUCCCAACUAUAAAAACUGCACGCAGUGCAAGAGCCAGGUCUGCAGCCUGUGUGGAUUCAGUCCCCCAGAUUCAGCGGGGAAAGAGUGGCUUUGCCUGAACUGCCAGAUGCAGAGAGCCCUUGGAGGUGCUGAGUCUCCAGGUCCCCCCUUGAAGAAACCCCAGCCCCAGGCCAACAAACCCCCAACAGCCUUGCAACCCUCGAAAAGCGGGGCUCUACCAUCAGCUGCCCCGCAAAAGAAAGAUGCUCCUGGAUCUCCUCAAAGAAACCAGGCCACGGCGAAUGCUGCCCCACCCAAGCAAAACCAGGAAUCUGGGAAACCUCAACAACAGAUGCCAAAGGGUGGACCCUCCCCUGCCAAAUCUGCACCACCACCACAACAACAGCCACAACCACCAAAACAGGAGUCUGGCUUAUUUGGCUUUGGCUUUGGUGGUCUGACUGACACAGUUAGGGCCAGAUCUCCCUCACCUCAACCUGUGUCCGGGAAGGUUAUGGGCUUCGGCUCUUCCCUGUUCAGUUCAGCAUCCAAUCUGAUCGCUUCUGCUGUUGAGGAUGAGCCAUCUCCAACACCACCUACGGCCCGUAAGGAGUCUGUGUCGGCCCAGGGUCCUACGAAGGCUCCACCAGCUGCAGUGACUAAACCACCUGCUGCACAGAAACCAGAGGCGAAGAGCACAGCAGAGCCUCCACAUCAGCCCAAGGCCACAUCAGCUCCAGGCAAAAAGGAUGAUCCUUCUUCAGGGCCCCUGAAAAAGGAAGGACCCUCCCAGCCUCCCUCCAGAACAGCUCCAUCCUCCUGUCCCCUGUGCAAGGUGCAGCUCAAUAAGGGCUCCAAGGAUCCUCCCAACUACAACACCUGCACUGAAUGCAAAAGCACUGUAUGCAACCAGUGUGGAUUCAUUCCCAUGCCACACGUCAAAGAGGUAAAGGAAUGGCUUUGCUUGAAUUGCCAGACACAGCGGGCUCUUGGAGGUUUGGAACCUCCAGGGCCUCCUAUGAUGAAGCCUCAGGCUAACAAAGUUUCAGCACCUUCUCAACCAGCCAGCAAAGAUGCAUCUGUUCCAGACUCUACACAGAAGAUGGCAGUACCUGCAGCAGGGGCCCCAGAGAAAGAUACAAAAGUAGAGAAAUCUGCCCCUCCUGAAAACAAACCUCCCGAUCAACGAGGGUCUGGGAAACCUGAACAGCAAGCCGUGAAAACUGUAGCUUCUCCAGCUAAAUCUCCUGCACCACCUCCACAAUCUGAACCACCGAAACAGGACUCUGGCUUGUUUGGAUUUGGCUUUGGUGGUCUGACUGACACAGUUAGAACCAGAUCACCCUCACCUCAACCUGCCGAGUCCGUAUCCGGGAAGGUUAUGGGCUUUGGCUCUUCCCUGUUCAGUUCAGCAUCGAAUCUGAUCACUUCUGAGCCAUCUCCAACACCACCUACGGCCCGUAAGGAGUCUAUGUCGGCCCAGGGUCCUGCGAAGGCUCCACCAGCUGCAGAGUCUAAACCACCUGCAGCACAGAAACCAGAGGAGAAGAAACCUGAGGAAGAGAAGCCACAGAGUGCCCCUCAGGCUAAGGUGACAUCUGAACCUCAGAAGAAAGAAUCUCAGCCAAGUUCUAUGGGUUCAUCCUGUCCACUCUGUAAAGUACCACUGAAUAUAGGGUCUAAGGAUCCUCCUAAUUACAACUCUUGCACUCAAUGCAAGGCUACUGUAUGCAAUCUGUGUGGAUUUAAUCCCAUGCCCCAUCUCACUGAGGCCAAAGAAUGGCUUUGUCUGAACUGCCAGGUGCAUAGAGCUCCUGGACCUCCGAUGGUGUCACCCCAACCACAACCCAGUAAACCCCCAACAUCAUCACAGCCCCAAACAAAAAUGCCAUCUUCUCCUCAGAAGAAAGAAGCCAAACCCACAGAUAAAACAGAACCCACACAGCAGUCCCCACAGCAAAAGCCUCCUCAACAACAAGACCCUGGUAAACCACAGCAAAUGCCAAAAGGUGUGACGUCUCCUGCCAAAACUGCUCCACAACCAGAGGCUAAAACACCUAAGCAGGAGACUAGUUUGUUUGGGUUUGGGUUGGGUGGUAUCACUGACACAGUUAGGUCCAGAUCUCCCUCACCUCAACCUGUGUCCGGGAAGGUUAUGGGCUUUGGUUCUUCCCUGUUCAGUUCAGCAUCCAAUCUGAUAACUUCUGCUGUUCAGGAUGAGCCAUCUCCUACACCACCUACAGCCCGUAAGGAGUCUAUGUCAGCAAAGGUUCCUGCGAAGGCUCCACCAGCUGCAGAGACUAAACCACCUGCAACACAGAAACCAGUGGAGAAGAAACCUGAGGAUCCUCUGAAGGCCACUGUGCCACCAGCUGCAGAGUCCAAACCACCUGCUGCACAGAAACCAGGGGAGAAACAAGAUGACAAGAAGCCAGAGGUAGCGGCACAGGCUAAAGCACCAUCAGCUCCAGUUAAAAAGGAGGAACUUCCAUCCAAGCCUCAAGAGUCUCAAACUGGUCUACAAAUGGCAAAAUCAUCUUGCCCACUCUGUAAAGUAGACCUCAACAUUGGCUCCAAGGAACCUUCCAACUAUAAUACUUGCACGGAAUGCAAAACUGUUGUGUGCAACCUUUGUGGAUUCAAUCCUAUUCCUCAUCUCACUGAGGUUAAAGAAUGGUUGUGUUUGAACUGCCAAACACAAAGAGCCCUCCAUGGAGUAGAGCCUCCAGGGCCAGUCCCACCACCAGAGAAGAAACCACAGGACAAACCACUAACAGCUGAUGCCCAGAAAAUCCAACAGCAAGAACCAGGCAAACUUCAACAAAAGAUUCUAGAAGGACCUCCUCCUGUUAAGUCUGUGCCACCACAAGAGGCAGAGCAACCCAAACAAGAGGGUGGUUUAUUUGGAUUUGGAUUUGGAGGAGCGAAAGACAAAGCUCGACCUCGGUCACCAUCACCUCAACCUGCAGAAUCUGUGUCAGGGAAGGUUUUUGGAUUUGGCUCCUCCUUCCUCAGCUCAGCCUCUAAUUUGAUGACGUCUGCAGUUCAAGAUGAGACCCCUUCCUCACAACCCUCCUCCCGAAAGAGCUCAAUUCAAGCCCAACCUCCAUCCCAACCAGCUUCCCGAAAGGCUUCUAUCCAAGCUCAGCCCCCAUCCCAACCAGCUUCCAGAAAGGGUUCUAUUCAAGCCCAGCCCCCAUCCCAACCCCCCUCCCGCAAGGGCUCUGUCCAAGCCCAAACUCCUACUAAGGUUCCUCCUGCAACUGACACCAAGCUAUCCUCUACAGCUGGUCAGAAGCCAGAAGAAAAGAAACCAGAGGCAAAGAAAGUAGAGGAACGUCCAGAAGACAAGAAUCCAUCAGUAAAGCCUAAAUCAGAACCUGCUCCCAAAGCAGUCCAGUCCUGUCCCCUGUGCAAGGAGGAUCUUAAUAUGGGCUCAAAAGAUCCUCCAAACUACAACACCUGCACAGAGUGCAAGAAUACAGUUUGCAACCUGUGUGGCUUCAAUCCAAUGCCACACAACACAGAGGUCAAGGAGUGGCUUUGCCUGACAUGCCAGACGCAGAGGGCAACUGCAGGGAUGGAACCACCAGGACCACCCAUGAUAAAACCUCCAUCACAGCCUACGAAGGCCCCAGCAGCAUCACAACCCCAAAAGAAAGAGAUCCCUGCUGCUACUGCACAGCAACCAGCAGAACCUGCAGCUCCAGCAUCACCUAAAAUUAAAGCUGCUCUUGUGCCAGCUUCUCCAAAAACAGCAGAGGCCCCACCACCUGCGUCACCCCAAAAGGUAGCUGAUGCCCAGAAAAUCCAACAGCAAGACCCAGGCAAACUUCAACAAAAGAUUCUAGAAGGAUCUCCUCCUGUUAAGUCUGUGCCACCACAAGAGGCAGAGCAACCCAAACAAGAGGGUGGUUUCUUUGGAUUUGGAUUUGGAGGAGCGAAAGACAAAGCUCGACCUCGGUCACCAUCACCUCAACCUGCAGAAUCUGUGUCAGGGAAGGUUUUUGGAUUUGGCUCCUCCUUCCUCAGCUCAGCCUCUAAUUUGAUGACGUCUGCAGUUCAAGAUGAGACCCCUUCCUCACAACCCUCCUCCCGAAAGAGCUCAAUUCAAGCCCAACCUCCAUCCCAACCAGCUUCCCGAAAGGCUUCUAUCCAAGCCCAGCCCCCAUCCCAACCCCCCUCCCGCAAGGGCUCUAUCCAAGCCCAAACACCUACUAAGGUUCCUCCUGCAACUGACACCAAGCCAUCCUCUACAGCUGGUCAGAAGCCAGAAGAAAAGAAACCAGAGGCAAAGAAAGUAGAGGAACGUCCAGAGGACAAGGCUCCAUCAGUAAAGCCUAAAACAGAACCUGCUCCCAAAGCAGUCCAGUCCUGUCCCCUGUGCAAGGAGGAUCUUAAUAUGGGCUCAAAGGAUCCUCCAAACUACAACACCUGCACAGAGUGCAAGAAUACAGUUUGCAACCUGUGUGGCUUCAAUCCAAUGCCACACAACACAGAGGUCAAGGAGUGGCUUUGCCUGACAUGCCAGACGCAGAGGGCAACUGCAGGGAUGGAACCACCAGGACCACCCAUGAUAAAACCUCCAUCACAGCCUACGAAGGCCCCAGCAGCAUCACAACCCCAAAAGAAAGAGAUCCCUGCUGCUACUGCACAGCAACCAGCAGAACCUGCAGCUCCAGCAUCACCUAAAAUUAAAGCUGCUCUUGUGCCAGCUUCUCCAAAAACAGCAGAGGCCCCACCACCUGCGUCACCCCAAAAGGUAGCUGAUGCCCAGAAAAUCCAACAGCAAGACCCAGGCAAACUUCAACAAAAGAUUCUAGAAGGAUCUCCUCCUGUUAAGUCUGUGCCACCACAAGAGGCAGAGCAACCCAAACAAGAGGGUGGUUUAUUUGGAUUUGGAUUUGGAGGAGCGAAAGACAAAGCUCGAUCUCGGUCACCAUCACCUCAACCUGCAGAAUCUGUGUCAGGGAAGGUUUUUGGAUUUGGCUCCUCUUUCCUCAGCUCAGCCUCUAAUUUGAUGACGUCUGCAGUUCAAGAUGAGACCCCUUCCUCACAACCCUCCUCCCGAAAGAGCUCAAUUCAAGCCCAACCUCCAUCCCAACCAGCUUCCCGAAAGGCUUCUAUCCAAGCCCAGCCCCCAUCCCAACCCCCCUCCCGCAAGGGCUCUGUCCAAGCCCAAACUCCUACUAAGGUUCCUCCUGCAACUGACACCAAGCCAUCCUCUACAGCUGGUCAGAAGCCAGAAGAAAAGAAACCAGAGGCAAAGAAAGUAGAGGAACGUCCAGAAGACAAGGCACCAUCAGUACAGCCUAAAACAGAACCUGCUCCCAAAGCAGUCCAGUCCUGUCCCCUGUGCAAGGAGGAUCUUAAUAUGGGCUCAAAGGAUCCUCCAAACUACAACACCUGCACAGAGUGCAAGAAUACAGUUUGCAACCUGUGUGGCUUCAAUCCAAUGCCACACAACACAGAGGUCAAGGAGUGGCUUUGCCUGACAUGCCAGACGCAGAGGGCAACUGCAGGGAUGGAACCACCAGGACCACCCAUGAUAAAACCUCCAUCACAGCCUACGAAGGCCCCAGCAGCAUCACAACCCCAAAAGAAAGAGAUCCCUGCUGCUACUGCACAGCAACCAGCAGAACCUGCAGCUCCAGCAUCACCUAAAAUUAAAGCUGCUCUUGUGCCAGCUUCUCCAAAAACAGCAGAGGCCCCACCACCUGCGUCACCCCAAAAGGUAGCUGAUGCCCAGAAAAUCCAACCGCAAGAACCAGGCAAACUUCAACAAAAGAUUCCAGAAGGACCUCCUCUUGUUAAGUCUGUGCCACCACAAGAGGCAGAGCAACCCAAACAAGAGGGUGGUUUAUUUGGAUUUGGAUUUGGAGGAGCGAAAGACAAAGCUCGAUCUCGGUCACCAUCACCUCAACCUGCAGAAUCUGUCUCAGGGAAGGUUUUUGGAUUUGGCUCCUCCUUCCUCAGCUCAGCCUCUAAUUUGAUGACGUCUGCAGUUCAAGAUGAGACCCCUUCCUCACAACCCUCCUCCCGAAAGAGCUCAAUUCAAGCCCAACCUCCAUCCCAACCAGCUUCCCGAAAGGCUUCUAUCCAAGCUCAGCCCCCAUCCCAACCAGCUUCCAGAAAGGGCUCUAUCCAAGCCCAGCCCCCAUCCCAACCCCCCUCCCGCAAGGGCUCUGUCCAAGCCCAAACUCCUACUAAGGUUCCUCCUGCAACUGACACCAAGCCAUCCUCUACAGCUGGUCAGAAGCCAGAAGAAAAGAAACCAGAGGCAAAGAAAGUAGAGGAACGUCCAGAAGACAAGGCACCAUCAGUACAGCCUAAAACAGAACCUGCUCCCAAAGCAGUCCAGUCCUGUCCCCUGUGCAAGGAGGAUCUUAAUAUGGGCUCAAAGGAUCCUCCAAACUACAACACCUGCACAGAGUGCAAGAAUACAGUUUGCAACCUGUGUGGCUUCAAUCCAAUGCCACACAACACAGAGGUCAAGGAGUGGCUUUGCCUGACAUGCCAGAUGCAAAGGGCAACUGCAGGGAUGGAACCACCAGGACCACCCAUGAUAAAACCUCCAUCACAGCCUACGAAGGCCCCAGCAGCAUCACAACCCCAAAAGAAGGAGAUCCCUGCUGCUACUGCACAGCAACCAGCAGAACCUGCAGCUCCAGCAUCACCUAAAAUUAAAGCUGCUCUUGUGCCAGCUUCUCCAAAAACAGCAGAGGCCCCACCACCUGCGUCACCCCAAAAGAAAGAGGCUACGCCACCAGCCUCACCUCAAGUCAAACAGGUUGCAACACCUGGGUCACCAACACUCAAGGAUGCACCAGCACCACCCUUACCAAAAAAGGAAGAUGUCCCAGCUCCAGUGUCACCGCUAAAGAAAGAUAUUGUGGAAGCAGGUUCUGCACAAAGACGGCAGUCCACCACAGGUGUUUCAACCCCACCUCUUAGAAGGGAAGCGAGUGAAACUGGCUCUCCAAAUAGGAGAGAGUCCUCUCCAGCUGCAGUAGCCACACCAGGUUCACCUCUUGCAGGUUCUCUCCAGAGGGGACCAGCAUCUCCUGCAGCUGUCGCAGCUCCAGGAUCACCUCAGAGGAAAGCUGGUUCCCCACAGAGGAGGCUGUCCUCUGCUGGAGCUUCUCCCCCUCCAGGUUUACCUGUUAGAAAGGAGGCUGUAUCAGAUGACUCUCCACUUAGGAGACAGUCAUCUCCUGCAACAGGGUCACCCUCAGCAGGUCCUCAAAGCAGGAGGCAGUCGACCCCAGCAGUGGACCCCAGUCCAGGUUCACCAAAGAGCAAUCAGGCUCCAACUCCAGGGUCUCCGAAGCUGAAAGAGGCUCCAGUACCAGCUUCUCCUACACCCCCUACCGCCCGUAAGGAGUCUGUGUCAGCUCAGGGAUCUGCUAAACAACCAAUAGUAGCAGAAACCAAACCACCUACACAGAAGCAAGAAGAAAAGAAACCAGAAGCCAGGAAACCAGAGGUAGUUCCUGAGAAGGAGGCACUAGCAGCUCCCACUACAAAGGAUGAAACUCCAUCCAAGCCCUCGGCCUCACAAGCUCCACCAGCAGCAACAAAAUCUUCCUGCCCGCUUUGCAAAGUGGACCUUAACAUUGGCUCCAAGGAUCCUCCCAACUACAACACCUGCACUGAAUGCAAGACUACUGUGUGCAACCUGUGUGGCUUCAACCCCAUGCCACAUCUAACUGAGGUCCAGGAGUGGCUCUGCUUGAACUGUCAGAUGCAGAAAGCUCUGGGAGGUAUGGAGCCACCUGGCCCACCUGUGAAGGCGCCUCAGACUCUACCAAGCAAAGUUUCUGCUCCACCAUCACCACAGAAAAAGGAGACCGCACCCAGUGUGGAGCCUCAACAAGGCCAGAAACCUCCAGUUGUUGAGAAACCACCAGAGCAACCUUCUGCUGCUUCAGCUAAGCCACCCAUUUCUGUGGCACCAGCCCCUCAGCAAAAACCUGCUCCACAGCAAGAGGUUGGGAAACCACCGCAACAACCUCCAAAAGAGGCAGCCCCACCUGCCAAGGCAGCACCUCUACCACAGCCAGAACAGCCCAAACAGGAGUCUGGAUUCUUUGGCUUUGGUUUUGGUGGAGCAAAAGAGAGCCCCAAAGCUCAGCCUACUCCCUCAUCCAAGCCAGCGGAAUCUGUUACAGGGAAGUUCUUUAGCUUUGGGGGUCGCACGGACACAGCUCGAGCUCGAUCUCCUUCUCCUCAACCUGCUGAGUUGGUGUCUGGAAAGGUUAUGGGAUUUGGUUCUUCCAUCUUCAGCUCGGCGUCCAAUCUGAUCACCUCUGCUGUUCAGGAUGAGCCAUCUCCAACACCACCUACAGCCCGUAAGGAGUCUGUGUCAGCUCAGGGAUCUGCUAAACAACCAAUAGUAGCAGAAACCAAACCACCUACACAGAAGCAAGAAGAAAAGAAACCAGAAGCCAGGAAACCAGAGGCAGUUCCAGAGAAGGAGGCACUAGCAGCUCCCACUACAAAGGAUGAAACUCCAUCCAAGCCCUCGGCGUCACAAGCUCCACCAGCAGCAACAAAAUCUUCCUGCCCGCUUUGCAAAGUGGACCUUAACAUUGGCUCCAAGGAUCCUCCCAACUACAACACCUGCACUGAAUGCAAGACUACUGUGUGCAACCUGUGUGGCUUCAACCCCAUGCCACAUCUAACUGAGGUCCAGGAGUGGCUCUGCUUGAACUGUCAGAUGCAGAAAGCUCUGGGAGGUAUGGAGCCACCUGGCCCACCUGUGAAGGCGCCUCAGACUCUACCAAGCAAAGUUUCUGCUCCACCAUCACCACAGAAAAAGGAGACCGCACCCAGUGUGGAGCCUCAACAAGGCCAGAAACCUCCAGUUGUUGAGAAACCACCAGAGCAACCUUCUGCUGCUGCAGCUAAGCCACCCAUUUCUGCGGCACCAGCCCCUCAGCAAAAACCUGCUCCACAGCAAGAGGUUGGGAAACCACCGCAACAACCUCCAAAAGAGGCAGCCCCACCUGCCAAGGCAGCACCUCUACCACAGCCAGAACAGCCCAAACAGGAGUCUGGAUUCUUUGGCUUUGGUUUUGGUGGAGCAAAAGAGAGCCCCAAAGCUCAGCCUACUCCCUCAUCCAAGCCAGCGGAAUCUGUUACAGGGAAGUUCUUUAGCUUUGGGGGUCGCACGGACACAGCUCGAGCUCGAUCUCCUUCUCCUCAACCUGCUGAGUUGGUGUCUGGAAAGGUUAUGGGAUUUGGUUCUUCCCUGUUCAGUUCAGCGUCCAAUCUGAUCACCUCUGCUGUUCAGGAUGAGCCAUCUCCAACACCACCCACCGCCCGUAAGGAGUCUGUGUCAGCCCAGGGUCCUGCGAAGAUCCCACCAGCUGUACAGACUAAACCACCUGCAGCACAGAAACCAGUGGAGAAGAAACCCGAGACACCUCCGCAGACCACUGCACCACCAGCUGCAGUGAAACAGGAGGAGCCUCCAGUGAACCCUUCUGAAGCUCCACCAGCCCCCAUACAACCUGCUUCUACUGCACCUCCUAAGUCAUGCUGCCCACUCUGCAAAGUGGAUCUCAAUAUAGGCUCCAAGGAUACUCCCAACUACAACACCUGCACAGAGUGCAAGAAGACAGUUUGCAACCUUUGUGGAUUCAAUCCCAUGCCACAUCUUGGCCAGAAUGAAUGGCUCUGUUUGAACUGCCAGACCCAGAGGGCUCUAUCUGGACAGCUGGGAGACAUGGAAAAGCCACUGCCAACGAAAGCAGAAAAGCAGCAGCCUACAGUUCCUCCCAAAGUGCAGCCCACUGAGCCCAAAGAGCCUACGGCGCCCAUCGCAACUCCAGUUGUUUCCAAACCUGCACCUCCUAAUCAGGAAGCACUUCCUGCUUCACUUGCCCCCGCUGUACCUGCAACAGUGCCCAAGGAUGCACCUGGCACUGUUGCCCCUCCUGCUGCAGCCACUGUCUCUACCAAAGCACCGGGUGUGCCACCCGUCUCAGCUGCUCUCCCUAAAGGUGCUGCAGUGUCACCCAAAGAGCAGGUUGAGGCUGUGGCACCACAGAAGACAGAGGCAGAGAAGGCAGUGACACCUCCCAAGGCAGUGGAACCAGAGAAGUUUCUUGCUGAGCCAGCUCAAACUAACAUUCCCACUGCUGAGCUUAAGCAAGCAGUGGCAGUCCCGCAGGUUGAACAGGUGCAGCCACACGGACUUAAAGAUGAAUCUCAGAGUCAACCGCCAGUCACCCAAGAUGACAUCAUGAAGGAUGAUGUUAAGAUAGUUGUGGAGAGCAGUCCUACCACAGAGGUCCCCAAAUCUGAUAUAGAAGACAUAAAAGAGCAGGACCUGAGGGGUCUGGAUAUGAUGCAAAUCUCACCAGAGUCCUAUAGUCCUGCAGAGCAACAGGAUAGUAGUGAGAGUGAACCCUCACCCCUGCCCUCACCCCUGAGGAGGAAAGUCAGUUCUGUAUCCUCCAGCAGUGAAGACUACAAAGCAGAAAGUCCUGAGUCAAUGGAUGAUGAGGAAUCUAUUCGUAGGCAGCUCAUGGAAAUGGGUGCAGUUGUUGAUUUGUCACCAUCUGAAGAAGACAGCAAUGCUAAGAAACAAGUCUCUAUGGCCACUGUGGAGGCUGCCUCAGAGAAGCCAAAACGUGUUCUGAAAAAACUCAGUGUUGACCCUGAUGUCAGCCUAGAUCAGAGCCUAAUUAUUCAUGGUCAGCUCAUGGAAAUGGGUGCAGAUGUCGAUUCGUCGCCAUCUGAAGAAGACAGCAAUGCUCAGAAACAAGUCUCUAUGGACACUGCGGAGGCUGCCUCAGAGAAGCCAAAACGUGUCCUGAAAAAACUCAGUGUUGAGCUUGAUGUCUGCCCAGAUUUGAGCUUGUCAUCAGAAGAUCUUGAUUCUGACCAAAUCCAUAUAGUCCCUCUCUCUCAAACAGUCAGCAAAGAGGAUAUGGAUAUGGAGCACAGGGCUCCUCGGCGCCAAAGCACUAUAGAAGCUGAUGCAUCAAUGGAGAGUCUGGUUGAAUCAAUCGAUGAGCGGUCUAAAGGUGAUGGGUCCUCCAGUCUCCAUGUUUCUAGCUUUACCACAGGGACAACAUCACCAACAUCUGUGUCCUCUCUUGAUGAAGACAGUGACAGCAGUCCAAGGCAUAGACGGAAAAGUGGAGAGGGCAAGCACAAAAAGGCCAAGCAUCGACAGCAUGGCCAGGGUCUUCCUACCAUUGAGGACUCGUCUGAAGAGGAGAUGCUUGAUGAGGGAGACCGAGACAGAGAUCAGGACAAACAGGCUGAAGUUGAUCAGCAGCAGAGCAAGAGGGUCUCCAGGAGAGCUAGAAAAGGUAAAGAGGAAUUGCUCAAGACAUCUGGAUCAGAUCUCUCACCAAGCAUUGAAUCUGAAGCUGAAGGUGUUACUCCUGAGGAGACAUCUCAAGGAAUGGAAAAAGAGCCCUCACUGCCAUCUAUCUCUCCCUACAUUCCAUCUGAAGAGACACAGCUAGAGAAACCUCUGAAGAGUGCAGAUGAAGCAUAUGAGGAAAUGAUGCAGAAGUCCAAAGCGAUCAAGUCCGAAACUGAUAUCACACCACCUGUCGUUGAGCCUCUGUAUGGUGGGAUGUCAAUUGAAGACUAUGCUUAUGAGUCAUUAGUUGAAGGGACAUCUCAUGCUGAUCAGGAGUCAGAUGCAAGCAGACUGGCAGUGCAAGAGUUUAUGCAAAAACUAAGAACCCCUGAGGAAGUGUAUGAGGAAAUGUUGAAAAAUGGAAAGUUAACACCAGAUGAACAGCUGUCUCAGCCACAAAUAACUCCAUCCACAGCAACUGAUACCUGUUAUGUGACAGUUAAAGGUAGUGAUGAAAAGCUUCACUUAGAGGCACAGCAAGAAGCACUGACACCUGGAACAAGUCCUUCACAGACAAGUCCAGUGUCUCCUGUAACUGAUUCACUGUCCUAUGAUUCACCUGAGGUAAUACUUAUACCCUCAAGUGGAGAAGAGGAAGACACUUAUGAAGAAGUACUACCAGCAGAUUCCACUUCAGUCAGAAGAUCUCUCUUUCCAAUUCCAGAUCUGAACAUCAUUCAGUGCUCCUCUGGCGAAGAGGAACCUGAGGAAGGUGAUAGUAGUAGCCAAGAGCGUCAGUUUGCUACCAGUGCAGAUAGUUCUGAAGCUGAAAUUGAAAUUGAGAAGCCAGCAGCAGUGGCUGAGCCAACUCUGGCCAUGGCAUCAGCAGAUACAGAGCCUAUCUCAGUUAUUUGUGAGGUUCCUCAAUCCAAGCCUAGAUCAGAACCAGCUUCAGUCAUCCCAGUACAAGACACAGCUCUGUCACCAGAGGUAUCACCCUCUUCCUCAUCUCCAGAUUCAAGUUUAUCAAUGACCACUGCAGCCUCGUCCUCACCACUAUCUGAUCAGAGUCCAGUUUCAGCUCCUGCUACUCCUGCAGUUGUUGAAACUCAGGCUCCAGUGAUAAUUCCAAUCCCAGACAUUGUCUCUGAACCUUGCUUCUUAGACCAAAAAGAGCCAUCACCUAAGGAGAAAGUUGCAACUCCAACUCAAUCAACAGGUCCACCACAGGUUUCUGUACCAACUCCAGCUGCUGCAGCUGCAGUCCCAUCUCCUGUUGUAACCCAGACAGAGACUCCCACACCUACUCCUGUCAAAGUUCCAGUUCCUUCCACUGUCCCAGCUCCAUCCAAAGUUUCAAAAGUACCUCCUGUCCCACCUCCCAAGCCAGUCAUAGUUUCCAUCCCAGAUAUAGUAUCUGCUCCAGCUCCAGUUUCAAAACCACCUUCUAUAUCCAAACCAGUUGUAAAACCCAAGCCAGCUGUGCAGUUACCUCUAGCCCAAGCACCUCCAAGUACAGCAACAGUGUCAGAUCAGACACGCCCAGCAGUUUUACCACCAGCUCAAAGUCAAGCUGCUGUUAUGCCACCUAGUCCUUCCCUGGUAACUUCUGCCGCACCCCAGGUCACAGCUCCUGCCCACAAACCAGCACCAUCAGUUCAAGCUUCAGUCCCAGUCAUUGUCCAAAUGCCAGAUCUUGUGUCACCAACCACAGAUCCAAGUCAAAAGCCUCUUCCUCACCCACAUUCUGCUCCAGUACCUCAGCCAGGACCGGCCCAAAUAGCUGCUCAAGUUCAAUAUACAGCACCAAUCCAGGAAGCUGUUGCAUCAUCAGUUCCUGUGCCAGUCCACAGAGCAGUACAACCUCCUUUGCCCAAACAGACCCCGGUAGUUGUGCAGAUGCCAGAUUUGGUUUAUUCCUCGUCUCAAGAUGCAGUUUCAACACCAGCCCCUGCCACUGCAAUUGCCUCAUCAUCAACUUCACCUCCAGUUGUUGUCCCAGCCAAGGAGCAAAUUCCAGUUUCAGUGUCUGCUGCUUCUCUAGUGGGAGCUCCACUUACAUUAGCACCUGCAUCAGCCUCUGCUACAGCAGUAGUGCCAUCACCAGUCACUGCUCCAUCGGCAGCCGUGGCAACAACUGCUGUCCCUCCUCCUCCUCCUCCUCCUCUUCCUCCCUGUGUGCCUACGACUCAACCACCUGUCUCAGUCUCAAUCCAGAUGCCAACUCAUAGUCCAUCUGCAGAAGAAUUAAAUGCAGCCAUCCCAAUAGCUCAAAAGCUGCCACCGCCACCUUCUAUACCUACUACUGUCACACAACCCCAGACCUCCACAGUGGCCACACCUCCAAUAGUAGGGCCAGCUGUACCCCCAACAGCUGGCCCAAUUGUGUCUUCAACUAUAACUACAACUGUAUCCUUUGGAACACACCCAGUGCAGUCUGUGGUAGUGGACAUACAGCCAGGAAUCGGAAUCGAAGGUAUGCAACCACAACAAGAGAUUAAAACAUUCGCAAUUUCUCCCACACCUUCUCCUCCACAGCUUUUACCCACUGUCCAGACAAGACAAGGUCAUGUGGUCAUUAUUGUUCCCCGUGGUGCUUCAUUUGAAAACAUUUCAGUGAUCAACCAGUCAGCACAAGAGAUUGUGGCAAAUUCAAUUGCAGUAGCAGCUGCGGCCCCGGGUGAGGAAGUCAGUGCUCAGAUACCCACCACUUGCAUUCCACCACCCCCAGCUCUGCCAUCUGCUCAAGCUUUAAUCCCCACUGCUGUGCCGACCACUCCACCAACAACAUCAACACAAGUGUCUGCCCCACCAGUAGUCCCCAAACAAAUGGUGGUUUCACAGCCACCACUGCCACCCACUUCCACCCAGCCCAUCCCAGCAGCAGCAGAGAUCAAGGCACCACCUGCUCUUGGCCCAACUGAGGCAAAAACACCUGCUCCUGUCCUUGUGGAUUCUCCAGUAGGAGCUCCUGUGGUGAAACAAACAGUCACUCCAGAUCCUAAACCCAUCUUGCCACCUCCAGUUCCUCCUAAGCCAACCUGCAUUCCAGCAGGGUUAAUAUUCACUCAUAGGCCAGGUGAAAUUGUUCGCCCUCCACUGUCUCCUCAACCUGUUCCUGCUCAAAAAGUUCUGCCUGAUCAACCUAAAUAUGCCACAUUACCGAGAACCAGAGAACCACCUAAAGCACUGUCGUUUAGUCUGACAACCCCUGUACAGUCUAAGCUCAGUGCAACGUCUCCGAGGUCUCCUAUGUCACCCAGGUUUGCAAAAUGCCUGGAGACUUAUGUGGUGAUAACUUUGCCAUCAGAGCCAGGAUCACCUGUUGAAGGAAUAACCACACAGGCCCCAUUGCGACGUGGAUCCUUUCCAUCCUCAAGUCUGCCAGCAGGGUCAAUAUCGGCAGCACCACUGCCAAAACCGCAGCAUGUCUACUUCCAUCCGACACCAGUGCCCCAAAUAAAACAGGUUGAUGUACAAGUACCAAGACAUGAGGUAAUGGUUGUAUCAGCUCCACCUCCACCUCCACCACCAAGACCAGAACAGACAGUUGUGUCAGUACCGUCUUCACCAGUGUCAGUGCAAAUGGAACCCGUGUCAGCUUUUGCAGGAAUACCAACACCACAAGAAGACCAAACAUGGGUAUAUGUGCCUGCUCAACCAGUAACAAUAGAAAUGGAGCAAGUGGUGGCAGCUCCAUCUACAAUACAGCCUCAACCUGUGCAAACUGCUCCACCUUUGGCACAUAUGGCUACCCAGCCUAUAACACAACCACUACCAAUGCCCUCUGUGGCAUUUGAGCCCAUUAUACCUCUUCCAGUACCAAUGGUACCUGUGGCUGCCCAACCUCAAACACAACCAGCUGAAUCUGCUUCUGCUACAGUACUGCAGCAACAACCAAUUGCAUUUAUAGCUGCCCAGGCCAUAUUGCAAGAACAGCCAAUGGCUACUGUGCCUGCUCAAGCUACAUUUCACCCACAGCCACGUCAUCCUCUGGUUGCUCCACUUGUCGCUCAACAAGCAAUACCUGUGGCUGUUCAGCCUGUAUCACCACAACCUGUGUCACCUGUGGUUGCUAAGACUAUAUCACCACAACCAGCUCCGCCUGUUGCCGUUCAGUCCAUCUCACCACAACCAGUUGUACCUGUUGCUGUUCAGUCCAUCUCACCACAACCAGUUGUACCUGUGGGUGUGCAGUCCAUCUCACCACAACCAGUUGUACCUGUGGCUGUUCAGUCCAUCUCACCACAACCAGUUGUACCUGUGGCUGUUCAACAUGUAUCACCACAACCAGUUGUACCUGUGGCUGUUCAGCCUGUAGUAAAACAACACAUAAUGUCUGUGGCUGUUGAGCCCAUAUCACAUCAACAACCAGUGGCAGCUCUUCAAUCUGUGUCACCACAACUAGUAGAAACUAUCACAGCUCAACUGAUGUCACAACAACAGCCAGUGGCAUCUGUGGUUGUACAGCCCAUGAUGCAGCAACAGUCAAUGACACCUGUGCCUACUCAGCCCAUUGUACAACAAGAGCUAAUGGGAUAUGUCACUGCUCACCCAAUGGUACAACAACAACCAAUCGUACCUGUGGCUGCUCCACCUUUAUCUCAAGAACAGAUGAUCGCAUAUGUGGAUGCUCAACCUGUAUUGCAGCAGCACCAACAACCUAUGGUGUUUGCAUCGCCCUUGUUUACAUCACAACAAGAAGCAAUUCCACCAAUGCAACAGGGGCCUCUAUACACAGCCGCAGGUCUUCUCCUAUCACAACAAGAGCAACCAAUUGCUUACCCAGCCCAAGUUCCAUUCACUCAAUAUGCAACCUUGGGAGAGAGUCAAUUUGUUGAAGGAAUACAACAACAACAACAACAACAACAGCAACCCACAUAUGUUCCUCUUGCUGCCGCCCCUCAAUUUGCACCACCAGCAGGAGGUCAGGAAAGAUUCACGCCAGAACCUCCUACUGUGCCUGUGGCACCAGUUACAUAUACUCAAUUCACACAGUCAGUGGAAAGCCAGGAAAUUCGAGGUCCAGAAAAUCAACAAGUUCCAACAAUGCCACCCCCUCCAGUUACAUUUACGCAAGUCACUAAGUCAAUAGCAAGUGAGGAAAUAAUAGGGCCGGAAACAGUUGUUUCAAGUGUAAGUCAAAUGUACUCUGCAAUCUCAACUACAGAACAGCAGCCUGAGACGAUGCCCAAGGUGGUGACCCAAGUUGUUACAACUGAAGUGCAGAGGACUACUACGUUUUCAGUCGUACAAGAAAUAAUGUCUGAGGAACCUGCCCCAGUAUCACCCAGUGUUUCUGUUGCCAUGGAGCCAGAGACGACCCCAAUCAGAGUCCAAUCAAAGCCAAAACAGAAUGGAAGAAUUCACUACCCAGGAGAUGUCAUUGAUCUUUGCACUUCAAAAGUCAGUGUCACCAUGACUGACAAAGGCAUGGACUUGACAGCUCCUGAAUCCAGCCGGCAGUCUUUCUCAAGUGAUUCCAGUGGGCGGCAGUCAACAGCUGUUCAGCCAGAGGUGGUCAAUCUCAGUGCAGUGAUUACACCGGCCACAACGCUCUCUGUUGUGACGGAUAGCAUCACAAUUGUCACUUGCUCUGCCACCAUUGCUUCAUAUAACAACGCUGCUGAUAAACCACUGGAUUUGGGAAAUGCAACCUCUAUGCCUCUUCCACUCACAGCAUACAUGCCAUACAAGCCUCUUACACAGAUAGUAUACAGACCAGUAUAUUCCCAGGCUACACCCACAACAAGCACGGAAAUUCCUGUUAAUCUAUCUUAUGGGGUUGUAGAGAGUAUGGCGAGUGCAACAACACCUGUGACAAUUGCACCGGGAAGCAUAAUGAGUGACACUGCUGGAGUUCCACCUCUUAUUCCAGCUCAUACUGAUGCAUACGCAACAGCUGUAGAUCUUACUACAUCCAGGCCAGUUAUGGUGGCUCUGACCACCUCCUCAGGUGUCGUGACCACAAUAGUGGAGGAUGCAGGGACACCUGUGGAUCUCACUGCUGGGCGGAGUGCUGUCUGCUGUGAUGUCAUCUACAAACUUCCAUUCACAGGGAGUUGCAGAACGCAGCAGCCUACCACCCCACUGCCUGACAAUCGGUUUGGCUACAGAGAUGAUCAUUAUCAAUAUGGCAAUGCCACAACCCUUGGCAUCACAGACCUCAGUUACAUGAAAAGCUCAGUGUCCGAUAGCAAUUUCUCUGAGGCCGGACAGUUCUACCACGAAGGUAAAAGUGGAUUAGGUUACCAGAAUGGAGCUUCAGAUGGCGCCAUAGAUUUGACUUCCGCAAAAAUGUCUACAGAUGAAGCUUUGGACUACUCAGGCAAAGGCACCAGAGCAAUUACCACAAUUACCACUGCACAUUUCACCCAGAGUGUGCUAAGGUCAACCAAUGGAAUUGUUUAUUCAUCCGUAGCAGAACCUGUCCCAGCCACAUAUGCAAUAACCACUCAGCCAGGGUCGAUAUUUAGUACAACAUACGCUGAUUUGGUCGAAAUACACCCAACUAGCGCUUUAGAGCCAUACUCAACCUUACAAAACCUCCCUACCCCUUAUGGGUUCAUACCAGUAACAGAUUCUGGUCAGAUCAUUCCACAAGAUACUGGAAUUUCAAAAGAACUUUUGCCCUCAAUACUUGCCAACCUCUUCCCUGGUAUGGCACCAUAUCCUGAAAUAUAUUCCGACGCAACCCUUGAAGCCAUAGCUGCCUCACUGGACACUUUGCUCUCUCCGAACUUCCCUGGUUUUGAUGACGGCAAGAAUCAACAGUAUCAUGCUCAGCGAGAGUUCCUCGAAUUGGAGAAGUUGAAGCAGCUGUGCCUUGCCGAAGAGCUGGAGUGGGAGAGGCAAGAAAUCCAGAGGUUCCGGGAGCAGGAGCAGGUGAUUGUCCAGAGGGAGAUUGAGGAGUUGCAGAACAUGAAGCAUCAGCUGCUGUUACAGCAGGAAGAGGAGCGUCAGGCCCAUUUGAUCCUGCAACAGGAGACCUUUGCCCAGCAGCGAAUGCAACUCAAUCAGAUCCAACAACUUCAGGUGCAGCUGCAGCAGCAACUGGAUGAACAGAAAGUAUACCCAUAUGGCCGAGAGACACUGAAAGGCAUGUCUCCCCCAAUCAGUACAGUCAAAAAUGUCCUGGACCAGCAUUAUGUAGGCACAGAUGAUGGCCAAUAUUGGCCAGUAAAGGAUGACACCUCCACACCCUCCAAGGUACCUGGCCAGGACCAACAGACAAGCCACAUGUGGGGUACUGUUCCCACUGAAGGCAUUCCAGCAUCAGCAAGAGUCAGUAAAGAUGGUAGAAUAGACUCAACACUUGCAGUGAGUGGCAAAAAGAUUGUUGACAGUGCUGUUCAGACAGAUGAUGAAGAUGGUGCUGAGAAGCCAUAUCCUGGGAGGAGAAGAAGAAAUAAAAGAAGUGUGGACAGUUGUGUCCAGACUGAUGAUGAGGACCAGGAUGACUGGGAUACUCCUGUCAGAAGCAGGCGGAAGUCUCGAUCAAGUAAAUAUGUAGAUUCUGAGAAGGGCAAGUCUUCUAAGGUCUCCAGCAUUGCCAUCCAGACAGUAGCAGAGAUAUCAGUUCAGACAGAUCAUUCUGGAAGCCUUAGGCGUUCACCUGUACGAGCCCACAUCGACACCAAAGUAGAUUUCCCUGGGACUGGAAGACAGCUCAGAGGAGAUGCUGAGUCUGACUCUGAUGAAACAUCAUCACAGAGAGACUCAAGGCACCCUGGUACCAUAGAUAUAGGUAUAACCACCUAUCUCAAAGCAGACGGAACUGGCUCCUCUCCAAAGUCCCCCAAAGUUCUGUAUUCUCCUGUCUCACCUAUGUCUCCAAGUAAAUCCAUAGAAUACAGUAAAUCAGGCAAAGGUGGACAGAACAUGCUCACUGUUGAUCAUUCAAGGCUCUCCCCAGGCAGCCCCAGAUCACUAAAGCCUUCACAAAGAUCCUUGUCUGAGAAGUCUCUAAGCCCAACUACCGAAGACAGAAUGACAUCCACCUACCAUUACUCUGAAAGCUAUUCGAGCAAAGGUUCACAGAGCGGUACACCUUAUGGUUCACAGAAGAAAAUUAAGCGUACCCUGCCGCACCCUCCACCAGAGGAAGAUACGAUUGUUGGACCAUCUGGGUACAGCACUGGCUCAACUCGAAGAAGGAUGUGCAGGAAUACCACUAUGGCCCGUGCCAAAAUCCUGCAAGACAUUGACAAGGAGCUCGACCUGGUUGAGAGGGAAUCCUCUAAGCUCCGCAAGAAACAGGCAGAACUUGAUGAGGAGGAGAAAGAGAUCGAUGCCAAACUCAGAUACCUGGAGAUGGGCAUCAAUCGUAGGAAAGAUGCCUUGUUAAAAGAGAGAGAGAAGAGAGAGAGGGCUUAUCUGCAAGGUGUGGCAGAGGAAAGAGACUACAUGUCAGACAGUGAGGUCAGUAAUAUCAGGGAGGCAAGGCGCAAUGGCCGUGGGCUCGAAAGACCCCGGACUGCUCCACAGUCCGAGUUUAACCAGUUCAUCCCAGCACAAUCUGACAGCGAGUCUCAGUAUGGAGAAUACUAUCAGUACUCCCCUCAGACUCAAGCAGACAGCCAUUACCCUCAGCAAACGCUUUACCAGCAGCAAUCUGUGUACCAUCAGCCGGUGUCCCCCUAUCAGACCCAGUCUGUAUAUUCAUCAGUGCCUAGUCUUCAGCAGUCCCAGCAGACAGGCUAUCAGCAUGCCUCCCAGUUGAUGUUGAUGCAACAAAAGCCCCGACAGGAACUCGAUCCAAAGAUUACCACCAACUAUGAAGUGAUUCACAACCAGCCACACUCUUCAACUGAAAGCACAUAUGGUGUUUCUCAGCUUGGAGGAAAGUACAGCAACCUGGACCUCAGGAUGGCCUUGGAGGAGAGAGGCAGCAUGGCAAGCAGCCCAAUGUCCAGUAUCUCAGCAGAGUCCUUCUACACAGACAUCGACCACCAUAAUGCCAGGAACUAUGUUUUGAUUGACGACAUUGGUGAGCUCACAAAGGGCUCUUCUGGACUUAGUUCCAGCUUUACCAUCCCAGAUAAAGACAUGGCUAAAGCUGACCGCCUGCUCCGUGCAGCAGAGGUACGGCGCACAGCAGAAGUGGCAGACUUCCUGGGCCCCCUGCAGGCUUCUGGGAGGCUUUCCUAUGGAAAGACUGAGGAGGACUCAAUGGAGGAGCCAUAUGAACUGAAACUUUUGAAGCAACAGAUUAAGCAGGAGUUUCGACGGGGGACGGAGGGUCUGGAUCCCCUCACUGGUCUGCCACACUACUUGCCCAGUGACAGCAGCUACAGGCACUUCCCCAAAUCAGAGAAAUACAGCAUCGGCAGACUCACCCUGGAGAAGCAAGCUGCCAAACAACUUCCUGCCGCUGUCCUGUACCAGAAGCAAUUAAAGCAGAAGAAAGCAGCAAUUAUGGACCCUAAAAUUACAAAGUUUCCCUCCAUUCAGGAAAGUAGGGAUCUACAACCAGACUACAGUCAUUUUUUAGCAUCAACCGGGUCCUCGGUGGGUGGGCUGGCCACCAGGGCUCGGCUUCUGCAAGACGAAAUUACCUUUGGCUUGAGGAAGAACGUAGCAGAGCAACAGAAAUAUCUGGGCUCUACUUUGGGCGCUAACCUGGCGCAGUCUUUAAACUUGGGACAGUCUCUCAACCUCAGCCCAGGGUUGAGAUCAUCAUUACCAGAUGAUGGCACCUACCCUAGCGGUACCCGCUCUAGACCUUCGUCCCGGCCCUCCUCUAUGUACGGACUUGACCUUUCCAUAAAAAGAGACCUUUCCAGUUCCUCACUUAGGUUAAAGACUGAAGGUGAGGGCAUGGACACAUCAUUUGGCUCAGCCAGAGCCAAGCCAAUGAGCCUUCCCAUCAGCCAGAGCAGAGGACGCAUCCCUAUCGCGGCCCAGAACUCUGAGGAGGAGAGCCCAUUGAGUCCGGUUGGUCAGCCCAUGGGUAUGGCUCGGGCAUCAGCCGGCCCCCUCCCCCCCAUUUCGGCUGACUCCCGGGAUCAGUUUGGCUCAAGCCACUCCCUGCCUGAGGUCCAGCAGCAUAUGCGGGAGGAGUCCAGGACUCGUGGGUAUGACCGUGACAUAGCCUUCAUCAUGGAUGACCUGCAGGGUGCCAUGUCUGACAGCGAAGCACUAAGUGACCCCCUGCUGAUUUUGAGCAGAGAUGAUCCCAUACUCUUUCAUGAGUAUCUUUCGAGUAUCAAACACGCAGGAGUUCCUAACUGGAAUAUAGAAGCUUACCACCUAAGGGACGAGGAGAGCGACUGGUUUGAGAAACCACGCGGUGGACGUCCCGGCCAGAAGAAUGGACAGCAGCUGGACAGUAGACAGAUGAAUUUGAUGCAUUACCCAUACCCACACACACGUAUUCAAUUUCAGAGGGACCCGAAAGAUAAUAGUGUCUCAGGGAAUGGUUUGGGAAUCCGAGUGGUUGGAGGAAAGGAGAUUCCUGGGACAGACACUGAUAUCGGUGCAUACAUUGCCAAAGUCACUCCGGGUGGACAGGCUGAACAGACAGGGAAAGUGGUGGAAGGAAUGCAGGUCCUGGAAUGGAAUGGAAUCGCCCUGACUGGCAAGACCUACGAGGAGGUGCAGACCAUCGUGGGUCCGCAGAGUGGGGAGACUGAGUUAUGUGUGAGACUGGACCUGAAUAUGCUCGCUGACUCUGAGCACCCGCAACACCUGGAGCUUCACACACAGAUGAAGGCUGGGGAUAGGCAGCGGUCCCCCGGCGUGGACCCCAAGCAGCUGGCUGCAGAGCUGCAGAAGGUGUCCCAGCAGCAGGCCCCUGCUGCCGUGCUGGCUGCCCUGGAGAAGGGGGGGCACAUCCACUCGGGCACCGCCUCAGCCGGCUCCAGCGCCGUGCCCAGCCCGGGCCAACCCGGGUCCCCCUCCGUCAACAAGAAACGCCAUGGCAAGCCCACAGAAGCUCUGAAGCCUCAGCCUCACCCUAUCACUGGGGAAAUUCAGCUUCAAAUCCAUUAUGACAAAAAUAUGGGAAAUCUGAUCGUCCAUGUCCUGCAAGCAAGAAACCUUGCUCCCAGGGACAACAACGGCUACUCAGAUCCUUUCGUUAAAGUCUACCUCCUACCAGGGAGAGGCCAAGUCAUGGUUGUCCAGAAUGCAAGUGCUGAGAACAAGCGCAGGACCAAGAGUGUGCAGAAGAGCCAGAAUCCCGAGUGGAACCAAACUGUCAUCUACAAGAAUAUCCACCUAGAACAGCUUAAGAGGAAAACCCUGGAAGUGACGGUUUGGGAUUAUGACAGAUAUUCCUCAAAUGACUUCCUUGGAGAAGUGCUGAUUGACCUAUCCAACACAGCUCAGCUGGACAACACACCUCGCUGGCUCCCCCUAAAGGAGCAGACUGAGAGCAUCCACCAUGGCAAAGCCCAUCCUCCACAGGGCCCCGGUGGUCCAGGUGGACAGGGAGGGCAAGGAUCUGGGGGUCCAGAUGGGCCUGGGGGUCCUGGGUGUCCUGGGGAUCUCAGUGGACCGGGCAGCCAGGAGUCCCCCAAGACCUCAGUCAUCAAGAGCCGGAGUCAUGGGAUCUUUCCUGACCCAGCUAAAGAUGCCCAGAUGCCCGCCAUUGAGAAAUCCCACAGCAGCCCCGGCAGCUCCAAGUCCUCCUCGGAGGGCCACCUGCGCUCCCACGGACCCUCACGCAGUCAGAGCAAGAGCAGCGUCACUCAGGCUCACCUAGAGGAUGCUGGGAAUGCGAUCGCCGCCGCUGAGGCUGCCGUUCAGCAAGCUCGCCUCCAACCAAACAGGACAAAUCACAGAAUACCAGACAACCCUCCCAUGCCAAGCCUGAGCGAUGACUUUAGGCUGGAUGCUGAGGAUGGCACAGGAACCAAUGCAAUAGACAGUGCAAUCUUUCAGGUCCCGCAGAUGAAGAACAUCCCGAAUGGCAUAGAGAAGAGCAGAACAGACACUUUAACAUCAGAGGGUAAAACUCAGGUGAUGGGGGAGAUCAAAGUGGCUCUGAAGAGGGAGAUGAAGACUGAGGGAGAACAGCUGGUGCUGGAGAUUCUUCAGUGCAGGAACAUCACUUACAAAUUCAAGUCACCUGAUCACCUCCCAGACCUGUAUGUAAAACUGUAUGUAGUCAACGUGGCUACACAGAAGCGCAUCAUCAAGAAGAAGACCCGUGUGUGUCGGCACGACCGUGAGCCCUCCUUCAACGAGACAUUCCGCUUCAGCCUAAACCCUGCAGGCCACUCCAUCCAGCUUUUCCUCGUGUCCAAUGGUGGGAAGUUCGUGAAGAAGACUCUGAUCGGCGAGGCCUACAUCUGGCUGGACAAGGUGGACAUGCGCAAGCGGGCUGUCAGCUGGCACAAACUGCUGGUCAGCUCCACUCAGACACAGCCGUAAAGGAGCAGCACAUCCACCACAGCCAGCUGGAGAAGAGGAACAGAGAGAGAGAGAGAGAGAGAGAGAGAGAGGGAUGAGUGAGCAUGGAAUGAACAGACCGGAGGAGG